GCAGGACAGUCCGUUUCCUGACACCGACAGCGACUCCUCUGACAGCUCCGACUCAGAUUCCACCUUCACGGACCUGACGGCGGCGGGGAGGGCGGCCAUGGGAUCCAAGGCGGUGAGCAGCCACUCCUUCCCGAGACUAGCAGGCCAGGAGGCGCACAACGCGCAGUCUUCCUUCGACCUGCACCUGUUCUCGGGCCCGGCAGCACAGGUGGUCGGCGGUGCCACGGGGGGGAUGUUCCAGAACGUCACAGGCUUCAGCCACGAGCUGCGUCAGCUGCCAGCGUCAGCAGAGGAGCUGAGGCAGCUAUCAUCCGCGAGGCAGUUCAUCACGUCUUCCGGGGAGCUACGUCAGCUAACUUCUUCGUCGGCAGAGCUGAGGCAACUCACAGCUUCUUCCGGGGAGCUUCGGCAGCUGACGUCUGCUUCAGGAGAAUUCAGACAACUCACUUCUUCCUCAGGAGAAUUGCGGCAACUUGCCUCUACCUUAAAUAGCUAUCCUCCCUUGUUAUUUCCUGGAGAACUUCAGAAAAUGGUGUCUACGGGCGAUUUACGGCCGCUGCUCUCUGCGGAGAACAUCACCCACCUGACCCUCUCUGGGGGCGAAUUCCGCUUGGUGCCGGUGUCAGGUGGGUCUUGGCACCUGAUAAGCAAGUCGCCCUCGGGACUCCAGCCAACCCCUUCAGCUUCCACCAAAUACCCAGCCCUGCCUGACACAACAGCCCAUCCCCUAGCGACUCCCAGUCAGGUGGAGGCCAUUCCUGCAACCUGGGGAAGCGUUCAGCUGCAGACCUGCAAUGUCCAGCUGCAGCAGCCUCGCUCCAUGACAGGCAGUGACGUAGGGCCCCUGCCUGCUGUAGAUUCGGCAAUGGCCCUUAGCACUACAGGAGCAGCACCCGCGGGUCUGGCUGUGCAGAUUGCAAAUCCCCAACGGCAACUCCAUCGGCCUGACCACAUUAGAACGAGCCAGCCAAAUCCAUCGCACGCCCAGACGCAGUCGCCGGGCAAUGAAGUGACCCGCCUACCGGAGAGUGCUUUCAAACAAGACCCACAGGCACGCCUCGGCAACCUUCAGCCAUCACAGUCGGUGCUUGAGCUUGAGCCUCCUCCGCUCUUCAGCGAGAACCUCCAAGCGCAGUCGUCCGAGGCUUGCGCGGAGGCACAUUCCCCGCCAACAUUCAUGCAGAUACAGCCUCCUCCAUCAUUCAGAGAACCACAUCUUGCAUAUUUUGAAGAGCAUGUGCCCUUGCUGAACUCGUCAGAGGAACACCAGUAUCCCCAAAGGUCCUUUGAUCCGACGCAGCUUCAGCUACACACCUCUGAGACCGUUCAUUUAGAUCCUUCAUCUGGAACAGCGCAGGUCGUUUCUGCUAACUCAGGGAGUCUUCAACAGUCUCCUGGUGUUCAAGCAGCACAAAGACCCAUUGCAGGCGAAUUUCGAAAGUUUUUCAGCUCAAUGUCCCAGUCCAGUAAAUCAACACCUGUUCCAGAAAGCAUUCAGUCGCAUUCGCCAUCGCCUGCUGCCAAAACGCCUCCGUCUCCCCCGACCGAAGAGUCGCAACCCCUUUUACUUUCCCCAGAGACGAAAACGCCACACGGGUUUCCUUCCACGUACCAACAGCCGCCGCUUAUUUCGUCAGCGAACCAAUCGGCUGUAGCAAGAUUAGCUGUCGAAUCCAGCACCAUGCCACGACCUCCAACCCCGUCUCCAGCUCGGUCUGCAUUUCGCCAAGACAGAGACUCUGUAGCUGUGCCUAGGCCUCUGUCUCAAAGCAAGACAAUAAUGAGACAAGCUUCCAACUCAUCCACAGGGAAAAAGGGCCCUUCCUCGGCGCCGGAUGGCUCAGAGCAAAAGAGCAAAGGAAAACAAGUGACCUUCAAGUACGAGCCUCAGGAGGACACCUCAGUCAUAGCGAGAAAACCAUCGAAGACUGAAGCAACUAAAAAGGAAAAGCGAUGCGCUCAACUCUUUUCCUACGUCGACUUGUCCUCCCCGAGUAGCAUCGACAGCCUGUUUCUGGACAGCAAGUCCUCCCCGCCUUCGUCUGUCUCCUCACAGUCUUCUAAUCUUCCCAACACCAGCAGAACCGAUCAGCUGUACAGUGACAGUUCGUCUCGUUGCCCUCCGUCUGUCCAGGAUAAAAAGAAAGGCUUUUCUCAUCGUGAAGCUUCGACGCCUUUGAAGCCACCAAGGGGAUCGAACCUCUCUUCUCCUGUCUCUCCAGAAGCGCCCAAAGAAACCCAAUAAGCUUCUGCGCCUUCGUGUAUUACCCUGACCCGUGCAGUCUCUCACUACGGAGACAAGCUGUCACGAUACCAAUAUUCACAGGACAGUUGUUCACGUUGCACUGGCUGGGUGCAACAGUAAAGUCGAGAUGGAUAGACCAUCGACUCCCAAAUGUAUUUAAGAGCUUUUGUGUCAUUUUUGCCACAUGUUAUGUCCAGACUGUAGGUGCAUAGAUUUCUUUUUUAAAAACAAAAUGAAACUUACGGAAAUCGGCAAAAAUGAGGCUUUGUAUAUGAAAAAAUAAAGAUUGAAUCAUACUAAACACAAAACUGGAUUGUCCACAAAGCAGCUUGUGUUGUAAAUAAAAGUUUUCAUUUUAAUGAAUCUGGA